GCUUCACAAUCUUUUACACACAACAACAACAACAACAACAAAAAAGCUAAAAUAUUCGUAUUUGCAAGCUCAGAAAAAAAGUAAAUUGAAAUUAGGAAUAAUAAUAAAUUUGGGGAAGAAAAUGGCAGAAGAAGGAGUAGUGAUUGGAUGCCACAAUGUUGAUCAGUGGAAGGAUCAAUUUCAGAAGCAUGUUGAGAUUAAGAAAUUGGCUGUUGUUGAUUUCACUGCCUCAUGGUGUGGCCCUUGCCGUGUUAUUGCACCAGUUUUGGCUGAAUAUGCUAAGAAGUUCCCCAAUGUUACCUUCCUAAAGGUGGAUGUGGACGAGGUCAAGGAAAUUGCUGAAGAGUAUGACAUUGAGGCAAUGCCAACAUUCUUGUUCUUUAAGGAGGGGAAAAUAGUGGAUAAAGUUAUAGGUGCUAAGAAAGAGGAACUCCUGGCCCUCAUCACAAAGCAUUCUGCUGGUGCUGAAACUGUUACUGGAACUGCUUCUGUAUCUGCUUAACUUAACCUUGAGUACUCUACUAGUAUGCAGGCAUAUUACCAGCAAACUUAUUUCUCUAUUAUCGGAUGAUGUACUUUGUGGUAAAACCUUUUAGACCUUGAACCUGGUUGUGUAAUUGUGGUUUAUAACUUGUGCUCUUAUUUAUGCAUAAAUUGAAGUUGCUGUAUUCUAAAAA